GUGCGUCCGUCUCCCCCGCUCUAGAAAAUGGCAGUCCCAAAGCUAAGUCAGCUCUGCAGCUCCUUAGGCCGGUGGACCUCGGCAUCUUUCUGUGCUGGUUGGGGACAACUUGGGGCACUCAAUCAGCUUGCUCUCCCGGCCGCCCACCUUGCAUGGAGUUUUGGUUAGCAGUCUAGGCCCCGGCUCACCCCCGCGUGCCCGCUAAAACGUCAGUGGGGGACGAACCGAGGCUGGUAAAGGUCCGAACCAGAGAUGCGACGGCCAGCCCGGUAUCAUUUUACCCCGGACUCACUCACCUCUCCGACUGAGAACUUUGACGGCAACGGCAGACCUGCAGCGCAUUUGACCGACUACAUCUAUUCCUCGGCAGCCAGGUCGACACGAGACGUACCCCUGCCAAUUAGGAACUUGGGACAAUCCAGCCAAUUGCUACUACAAUCCGCGAUACUCGACUGUAAACACGCACUGGACACGACCCUUACUCUCGGCAUCCAUUCUUUCUGCAUAGCGAGAACGGCAAAGGGCAAGAUGGCAGGACGCGUGCGGCACCCAAUCGACCAGCAGGCGCUGGAACGGUAUAUCGAGAAGAAUGUGCCGCAGAUCAAGACGCCAUUGGAGAUUAAACAGUUCGGCUUUGGCCAAUCGAACCCGACAUACCAACUCACCGACGCGACGAACAAGCGCUUCGUGAUGCGCAAGAAACCCCCCGGGAAGCUCCUCUCCAAGGCCGCGCACAAGGUGGAGCGCGAGCACCGCAUAAUCCACGCCCUCGAACACACCGACGUGCCCGUCCCCAAGGCCUACUGCCUCUGCGAGGACGAGUCCGUCGUCGGCACCGCCUUUUACAUAAUGGAGUUCCUCGACGGGCGCAUCCUCGAGGACCCGGCCAUGCCCGAGGUCUCGUCGCCCGAGGAGCGCAAGGCGCUAUGGAAGGCGGCGACGCUGACGCUGGCGAAGCUGCAUAGGGUCGCCCCCGAGGACGUCGGCCUGCAGACGUUUGGGAAGAAGAGCGGGUUCUACGAUCGGCAGAUUCAGACGUGGACUACGAUUUGCAAGAGCCAGGCGGCGGCGGUGGAUUUGGAGACGGGGGAAAAGGUUGGGGAUUUGCCGCAUUUUGGAGAGAUGGUUUCGUUCUUCAGUGAUAAGAGUCGGCAACCUAAGGAUCGGGGCACGUUGAUUCAUGGGGAUUAUAAGAUUGAUAAUCUCGUUUUUCACAAGACGGAGCCAAGGGUCAUUGGUAUCUUAGACUGGGAAAUGUCCACCGUAGGCCACCCCCUCUCGGACCUCUGCAACUUCCUCCACCCGUACUUCACCGCCUCGCGCGCGGGAAGCGGCCUCUACGCCAAUGACGGCUUCCUCCCCGGCGCGACACCCGGUCUGCCGACGAUUGAAGAGAUUGUCGGGUGGUACACCGCGGAGGCGGCGCAGGCGCCCGCGGGUUCUCCCGUUGGCGGCGGGUGGACGCCCGCGACGGAGCUGUCGUGGGGCGCGGCGUUUAGUCUGUUCCGGCUGGCGGGCGUGUGUCAGGGCAUCGCGGCGCGAGCGGCGCAGGGGCAGGCUAGUAGUGAGCAGGCCAAGAGGUUUGCUGUUACGAGGGGGCCGUUGGCGGAGUUUGCUUGGGAGCUUGUUGGGAGGAGUCAGGAGGAGAGUGGGGGAAAGGCGAAGUUGUGAGGGGGGUUGGUGGUGAUGUUUGUAGGUAGCCAGCGUCUGGUAGAUGUGAAAUGUGAGGUUGAGUUGUAUUGUGAUGUGGUGUUUCUUCUGCAAUGACUGACAGAGUGGAUGGUGAAACUG